AAUACCCCUUCUUGUGGAGAGCUUGAAAAAAUCUAUAUAACUACUCCUCUCAUAAAUCUCUCUCUCCUUAUUUUGCCCUUAAAUCUCUGUUUUAGUCAUGGAGAAGCGGCAACGUCGAGAACUGACGUUUAUGCACUACGACGACCUCCUCCGGCAGAAUCCCGGUGUUCCCGAUCGUACCCUUGAUGAUUCUAGCGAUCACGUUAAACCACACAUCACGGAAAUGGAUUUCUUUUCUACUCAAUACCAAUCACAUGAUGAUGAUCAUUAUCAGGAGAGCAAGGCUAGUAAUAAUAAUGGAUCGUCUUCUAUUGUUGAUUCGAGUGUAAACAUUGGAUUAAAUCUUCUGAGUUCAAGCCCGGGAGUUUCAAGGGCAGCAAACGAUGCUGAAGAGGGUGGUGCUGAAAUGGAGCUAGAAAAGUUGAAGGAAGAGAAUCGGAGAUUAAGAAGCAUGUUAGAUCAGAUUACCAAAAAUUACAAUGAACUACAAGGUCAACUAUUCAUGGCGCUGCAAAAGCAGGCGCAUCGAAAUCAACAUGAACAGAAGGAUGCAUUAAAUGGCAUGGCGGGUAGCAUAAUGUCAGUACAACAAUUCAUGGACCCACGGACAUCGGCUGUAUUAGAUGUCAACGAACCCUCGGGGUACGACAAGACUGAUCAAGAAGUGUUAGCAUCGCCGGAAAACACCACGGAAGUCUUCUCAAUCGAACACAACCAUCGAACGUGUCAAAGUAUUCCGGGAAAGAACGUUUCUAUGGAAGAUGGUGCCGAUCAAACAUCUCAAAGAUGGGGCUCACACAAGAGUCCAAAGCUAGAUCAGUCAAAAAAUGAAGACCAAGGCUCUGAAGCUCCUUUCAGGAAGGCUAGGGUGUCUGUUAGAGCAAGAUCAGAAGCUCCCUUGAUAAGCGAUGGAUGUCAAUGGAGGAAAUAUGGUCAAAAGAUGGCAAAGGGAAACCCUUGUCCUCGCGCCUACUACCGUUGCACAAUGGCUGUUGGCUGCCCAGUCCGUAAGCAGGUGCAAAGAUGCGCUGACGAUAAAAGCAUUCUCAUAACAACAUACGAGGGAAACCACAACCACCCUCUUCCACCUGCAGCCACAGCUAUGGCUAACACGACGUCAGCCGCAGCCGCCAUGUUGCCAUCUGGUUCAACCAAAAGCAACGAUGGCGCCCUAUCAACUUCUGCCUACUUCCCUUCCUUACGUUACGGAUCGUCCAUGGCCAUGCUCUCUGCCUCCGCCCCGUUUCCCACUAUAACCCUUGACUUAACUCACGGCCCAAAUGCCGUUCCAUUCUUACGUCCCCCACCUCCCACUACUUCAUUUCCAUUACCUUUACACGGAUAUCCCCAGCUCUUAGGGAACCCUAUGUUCGCUCCUCCCAAGUUACCUACGUCACCGGCAAUGCAGUUGGGACAACGUCCGGCUUCCAUGGUCGAAACGGUUACAGCCGCCAUUGCUUCAGAUCCGAAUUUCACCUCAGCACUAGCCGCCGCUAUUUCGACAAUCAUGGGAGCGCCGCCAAGAAACAAUGGAAACAGCACUAUGAACAAUGAUGAGAAUAACGAUUAUGAUCAUAGUAUUAAACCAGGAUCACCGCACGCUCAACAGUCAUGCAGUAACAAGCCAGGGUGAUGAAUUAAAUUUUGGGUCUUGGUUGCCAUCCUCAGCAUAAUGGAUAUUUUCACUUUGUUCUAUUUUUGCAUAAGCUAUUGCUAAUGCUAGCUCUUAGGGAUUUAAAUUGUGAUCGUGUUUUCGAUUGUCUUGUGUUUAUCGCAAUUACGGAUAUAACGGGUGCUAUUGCAGUAAUUACUGACUCGAUUACGGAUGGCACCACAACCAUUAUGCUAUAUAAAUCCCUGCUAGCUAGGUAUAAUUAGGCCAUUGGAAAGGAAGGAGGCCACAUACAUCUCUUUUACGAUCGUAUUAAAUGGUAGUUCCAGAUAGUUCAAUAUGAUCAGAGCCGUUUACGGAGCAAGCUUUGGCGUGGAGGUUGAGUAUUGUUACACCUCAGGAUUAUAUAAUAGAAGAAUUUUACUAGAAACAGCCUAUUGAUGGUUGGUGAGUGGUUCAAUCAGCCUUGCAGUUUCAAUAAUUUCCCAUGUUUAUAGCCGUAAGAAAAGGUCUCACAAUC